CAUAUCAAUGUAGCUAUACAUAUAUAUAAUCAUCAUAUAUCUGACCCUCCCUUCCACUCUCUCAAGCAAUCUCUGAAAUCUGCACAAAAUUUCGACCCAAAUUGCUCGUGUUUCUGUUUUUCAAUACAAAAAAUCUCACAUCUGUCUGCAUUUCAUGUUCUAUUGAUUUUGUUUCAGGAUAUCAUUAGGAAUUCGAGAAAUUUGUGAGUGAAUUAAGGGAAUUGGUAUUGGAUUGCUGAUUUCGGUGGCGGAGUGCGUUGCCUUUUGUUCCGAUUUCUCCCCUCUUCUGUGAAAAACUAGAUCUUGAAAUUGGCUCCCCAAAAGAGAUCGAUGCGCCACGGUGCUGGCCAGAUGCAGCAGAGCAGCGCGGCUGCGGCCACCACUCUCUAUGACAAUGCGCCACUCUCUAUGACAAUGCAGGGCCAGGGGUGUCCGGUGGAGAUGCGGGGGAUGCUGUGAUGGCGCACUGGCUGCAAUCUGCUGGAUUGCAGCAUCUGGCCUCUCCGAUGUCGUCCAAUGCAGUCGAUAACCGCCUGCUCCCUAACCUCCUGAUGCAGGGCUAUGGACCGCAAUCUGCAGAAGAGAAACAGAGGCUCUUCAAAUUAAUGAGGAAUCUCAAUUUCAAUGGUGAAAAUGUGUCAGAGCCUCAUAUCCCGACCCCAACUGCCCAGAGUUCAGGUGCAUUUACUCCAACAGAGGGUUAUUACGCCCCUGAGUUCAGGGGGGAUUUUGGAGCUGGACUUUUGGACUUACAUUCUAUGGAUGACACUGAGCUCUUAUCUGAUCAUGCUAUCUCAGAUCCAUUUGAGUCAUCUCCUUUCAUGCCUGCUGUGACCAAAGCCUUUGAAACUGAUAUUGUUGGGGUAAGCAACAGGCAGCAAAGGGGACAGAUGGAUGCAGAAGCCCCUGUCGGGUCUUUUAAUGAAAAAGAGUUGAGCACAAGAGAAAAUAAUGUGGCUAAGAUUAAAGUUGUGGUUCGUAAGAGGCCAUUAAACAAGAAGGAACUUGCACGUAAAGAGGAUGAUGUUGUGGCUGUGUAUGAUGAUGCCUAUUUAACAGUCCAUGAACCCACAGUUAAAGGUUUGGAUAUGUUUUUGGCAUCUAAAAACAUUAUUAUUAUUGAUGCUGGUUGACCUGACUGCAUAUGUAGAGAAGCACGAGUUUUGUUUUGAUGCUGUCCUGGAUGAGUAAGUGUCAAAUGAUGAGGUAUACCGCAAGACUGUCGAGCCCAUAAUUCCUAUCAUUUUUCAACGUACCAAAGCAACAUGUUUUGCAUAUGGUCAAACAGGAAGUGGCAAGACAUUCACUAUGCAGCCGUUACCUCUUCGAGCUGCAGAAGACCUUGUGAGAUUGCUGCACCAGCCAGUUUAUCGCAAUCAAAGAUUCAAGCUGUGGCUGAGCUAUUUUGAAAUAUAUGGAGGAAAACUUUAUGAUCUUCUGAGCGAUAGGAAGUGACGAACUCCUCUCUGACUCGUUCACGUACAAGGAAAUUGAGAAUGGUUGUCUGUGGGAAGUCGAGGGAAAGUGGGUAGUUACUGGAGCUGUUGAUGUCGACAUUGGCGUCAACCCCUCAGCCGAAGGUGCCGGUGAG